AUGUUAGCAAAAGUUAUCAGUCAUCUUGGCUUUGUUAGUCCUUUCUUUCAAUCAUUGGAAGAAACACGAGGUGCUUUAGCACCCAUAUUCCGCUUGAUCGACGAGAAAUAUGAUACCAUCGUCGGUGAAAAUGGUGUUCAAUUGAGUGGCGGUGAAAAGCAACGCGUGGCUUUGGCUCGUGCUCUUGUAAAGCAGCCAGCCUUGCUUUUAUUGGACGAAGCAACAAGUGCUCUUGAUAAUACCAGUGAAAAGAUUGUUCAAGAAGCACUCGAUCGAGCUUGUAAAGGAAGAACAACUAUUGUAAUCGCUCAUCAUUUGGGAACAAUUCAAAAUGCACAUCGCAUUUAUGUGUUGGAUAAUGGAUGUGUCAUCGAGCAAGGUACACACGAGACAUUGAUGUCCAAACAAGGAAGUCGAUAUCGUGAAAUGAUGAAAGCUCAACAGAAAAUAAAAAUAGAAAAUGAUAUCGAUGAAACAACAAGCCUCACGCAAAUAGAAGAAGAUGAUCAAAAGCAGAUAUCGGAACGUGCUGGACAUCAUAGCUAUAAUGAACUUAAUGAUGAAGACAAAUACACUGCAUUUGCUGUAUCUGGCUCAAAAUUGACGGAACGUAUUCGUGCAAAAGCUUUUUCACACCUUCUACGUCAAGAAGUGGCUUUCUUUGACCGUCUUGAAAAUAGUUCUGGAGCUAUUUGUAAUCGUCUCUCAUCUGACGCAUUGGCUAUUCAGCAGAUGGCUGGUAGUCGUCUAGGCAUCGUUUGUGAAUCAAUUGCAACGUUUGGAAUUGGUAUUGUUCUCGGAGUUUUGGUCAGUUGGCAAUUGACUUUAAUCGCACUCUUCUAUAUUGUCUCUUUAUUUGUUAUUGCCUUCAUGCAAAUACGUUGGCAAGCACGAUUGAACAAACGUUCUAAUUGUAUUCUUGAAUUAGCAAGUUCAGUAAGACCAACAUUUCCAUUACAACAUCAUCUACACUGA